GGGGGCGGGGGGAGCCGGGAGGCGCGGAGAAACAACGAACGCGUGUCAUCACACACGGCCUGCCCGCGUCCGUCCGUCGCGCUCGCGCGGCGGCAUUGCGUGCACCGACAAUAAAAGGCGAACGGAGGAGGACUACUUGGGAAGAGGCAGAAGAUAUUUGCCUCCGCGUCGCAGCUGCCGUGUGUUUACUACGAGUGACGGACCGGAGCGACGAGCGACGCGUCGCCGUCGCCGCCUGACGUCUCUCAUCGCCACCGUUCGACUCGCAGCGACGCACAAAUGACGAGCCGAGACGAGGUGAGACCAGGCGAGUCGCGGCGCGAUGGUCGUGCCCUUUAACCGGUAUCUGCCGGUGAUCCUGCCGGAGAUCGACGACAGCGAGCCCGGCGGCGCCGUCGCCGCGAGCGACGUCGGGCUGCCCGACGUCAAGCAGCGCGCCCCGUACACCGCGGAUGAGACCGUCGCGAGGAACUGCUCGAUCAGCACCACCACCACCACCAUCGGCGGCGGUAGCGGCAGCGGCGGCGGCGGCGGUGGCGGCCCGACGAAGACCACCUCCGCGACGACGCCGGCGGUCACGGUGACGACAUCGGCGGUCACGGUGCCGUUGUGCGUCCUGGGUGAGGUGCAACUGCGUUUCCUCUGCCCCGAUGACCUGGAGGAGGUGCGCUCCCUCUGCCAAGACUGGUUCCCCAUAGAUUAUCCAAAUUCAUGGUACGAAGACAUCACGAGCUCGUCGAGGUUUUACGCACUCGCAGCGGUAUACGGUGGAGUAAUAAUAGGGCUGAUCGUCGCGGAGAUAAAGCCUUACGCCAGGUUGAACAAGGAGGAUCGCGGCAUCUUAUGCUCCAGCCUGGGAAAGAAUUGUCUAGUGGGUUAUAUACUCAGUUUAGGGGUACGUCGCGCGUAUAGGAGAAACGGCAUAGCCUCGUUGCUACUGGAACAGCUACUCGCCCACGUCACCGCACCCGAACGUUCCUCCGUAAAGGCAGUCUUCCUACACGUGCUCUCCAGCAACGCUCCCGCUAUAUUGUUUUAUCAGAGGUGUCACUUUCGGUUGCACAGUUUCCUUCCAUAUUAUUACUCGAUCCGGGGAAAGUGUAAGGACGGUUUUACAUAUGUUCUUUACGUUAACGGCGGACACGCGCCCUGGGGCAUCUGGGACUGGGUUCGUCACUUGGCCGGCGCGAUGACCAACCUCGUGCCGUGCAGGGUACCACGAUGGAUUUGGCAACGUCUCUUAUGGGCAACCACCAUUCUUUCUUACCACAGAUGAUACAUUUUGUGAUUUAUUAUGUUCCAUUAUAUAUUUAUUUUCCUCUUUUGGAUUCUAGAGAUGUUAUAAAGCGUGUAAAGUGCCAUAAGUUGGUUGACGUUAUGACAGGUUCAAGUAGAUAGCCAUGGUAUGGCCAUAUGAUUUUAUUAUUACGUAGUCCUGUUACUAAUGGAAAGAUAGAAAUGGACAUUGGAUCUACAAUCAAUUUAUGUAACGCGAACAAAUAUUCAAAGUUGUCUAAAGUUUGGGCAGCAAGGCUUCAGAGUAUCCUAGCACAACUUCUGUUACCAAGGAUUGCUAGUUGUUAAAUACAUACCGUUAUAAUACUAUUGUAAUAGUAUUAUUAUAGUUCGUAUGUAACUGCCAAAAAUAAUUAAGUUGAAAUAAUUUUGCAUAUUAGUAUCUAAUGUAUCUUCCAUCGUUUCUAAAGAUUAUAAUAUUAAAUCAUUGUUAAUUUUAACGAAGGCACAAAAUUUAAGAUAAUUAAAUUUCGCUAUUUUUUUAUUAAAAAAUCGUGUAUUAUAAUUUUAUCUAAUUAAGACAUAUAUGGAAAAUUUAUAAGAUUUUGAAUCUUCAAGUUUCUGCUGUCAUAGAAAUUUGGAGACCGAAAAUCCUAGAGCAAAUUUUGAUCUUUGAUUUAAAAAAGACUGCAUCGUUACGAUUCAUACUUUGUAUACCUCUGCUGCCAUCGACUGUAUUAUAUAUGUAUAAAUGUACAUAUUUUGUAUAUUAAAUAAAUACUUAAUAUAUUAACAUGAAA